GCUCGCCGGCUCGUCCCUAGAGCGAUCAUCGUUACAAUCAUCAUAUGCUGUAUUGUGUAUGUGUUGGUUGCUGUCGCAUUCGUCCAUUUGGCGCCGCUUGCCAGUGUGAAUAUGAACGCGCCUUUGGCUACAGCUUUUGAAGCGCGAGGAGCGACAGUCUUGGAAUUUGUUGUUUCCCUCGGGGCUGUUGGCAAUACCAUGACGUCAGUGAUGUCAUCCAUGAUUGUUCAGCCGCGCAUCAUGCUACGGAUGAGCAGUGACGGUCUUCUCCCGAGAUCGGUACAAAACCGAAA